AUGGCAACUCAAGAGAGAAACAGUUAUGACGCUCUGCAGGACAGCGGAGAGGCAGAGAACCUGGAUGUGUCUGGUGACAAUAUUUCUGGCGUGCUGCCUGUGCACGAAACAGCGCUACGAUCAGCCGUUGAGGCGUUGGAGAGCUCCACCGAAGCGAUCUCCAAGCAGACCGACAUGAUCCAACACCAGCUGGACGCGGUGGCCCGGCUCGUCAAGACUGUGGGGCAAGCCAACGAGUCUCGCUCCAAGUUUGAGGCACGGCACAUGCGGCAGUGGGAGUUUCGCCGAAACAACCUGCGUGUUGGUGUGGAGCAGCUGUCCCGGAGGUUGAGCGACCACGUUCCCGAGGUAGAACAGCAGGCAAAGGGGACGCAGGGGUAUGCUCAGCAGAUGGUUGACGGACUCUGCCGGCUGGACGACAAGCUGCUAGUCAGCCUGCAGAAGCUGGGCUGGGCACUGGCGGCUCCGGACGACGCAGACGAGCAGCAGACAAUUAGUCAGCUGCGCGACAUCUGCCUUCGGCUAAUUAAAAACACAGUCGAGUCCAUACGAACUAAGCUCGACCGGAUCUAUCUGGAGGCCAUUGAGGCGGCCUCGGAGGCUCGGUCUUCCUCCUGUGAAAACGGUGACGAUGCAGGCGCCGUGGUCAACGAGUGUCUCGACUUUCUUCUCGAGCAGAUUUACCUCCUCUCGGCACGCAUACUGACGUCCAACUCGCAUCAAGCUGCGACAAGCGCCAUAGUCGCCACGGCGCGGUCCGAGGUUGUUGUGCAAACCUCGAUAGCACGGAGACCGGACGAGCGACGAUACAGCCUAGCAAGCUCGCCCGCGCGCCACCCACGAGCCGGAUACGGCCAGCAGCAGGCGUCUCCUGUGCGGCGACGCCGCUCCUCCGGCGUAGGUCUGCUUGUCGACGUAUCCCCUUUCGAGCAGCUGCUGCAGACGCUGUCUCUCCUGCUGCCAGAACCAGACGACGUUGUCAGAAACGGCGGCGGGCAACACGCCGAGAGUGGCGACUACGGCAACAUGGUUAAUGCGCUGUCGUUGCAUUCUACACUAACCGACCGACGGUCCAAAGCCGACGGCGUAGCCACCAACGUGCAGGAGGCUUUUGAGGCAGACACUAAUGCGCACCUGGCCGACGGCCGUCGCGCACUGUGGAUGACCCGCGAGUCGAUUCUCGCAGAGAGCGGGUUUGGCGCAGUGCAGCUUCUGGACCCGGAGAUUGACGGCUCCAUCGCCGUGAUGGCACAGGAGGUGGACAACAUCCGCACGCGUCUCGGAGAUGUCGCCGACAAAUUGGCCGCUGCACGCAAGGGAAGCGAAAAGCGGGACAAAAUGGUGGCCCGGUGGGGAUGA